CGCGUAGCGAACACGAAACGCGGAUCGCUUGUUCAAACACGGACCGCUUGUCCGGAGGCACUUUCGGUCGAAUGUCUGUUGAAUGUCCAACGUCAAACCAACUGCACCGCGGUAAACGACCGAACGGGAAACGGUUUUAAAUACAUUUAUUUGUCUGGUUUUGAAAACACCGCUUUUGAUUCGUUUUUAACGCGGCGCUACACGUGCAGAACGACCCCCCGCCGGCAGGCGGCGGCAGCGGGGCCCCCAGGCUGCGUUUACACGUAGCGGAAGUGGCUGCAGCUGAAUCAGGACAUGUAGCUUACGAUACGAACAUUCGAUCUGCCUUUAACGUCUGACAUAUUAACACAUGGACAGAAAUAAUUCCGAGGUUUUAUGACUACGCUGAUUAACCAGGCGCAGCUGUGUGAAGUUUUAUAAUUGGGCUCAAAGCGGUCUCGGUCCCGGUGCUUGGCAUCAUGCGCCACAGUUUUGUGUGCGGAUCAGUGGGGUCAAAGGUCAGCCGGCGCAGCCUUCACCAUGGUUAAGCAGAAGCGCAGGACCGACAGGUGUUUCCUGCCUGCAGAGGGAAACGGCGUGGCUCCGGUUCAGUUCCCUGUCUGCGUCGCAAGGAGGAGGCAGCCUCCACCCCCACAGUCAUCUAGAAAGAAUCGGACCUGCUCUUUGACCAGAGGCGCAGAUGUCCAGUUGUACAACAACAGCAGCAGCUCCACCACCACAGAAGAAGAACGACGACGACGACACCCAGAACAGCAGGGGAGACAUUCAGGAGAGACAGAACCAAAGACAAUACGGCUGCACAGAUGUAAAGAAGGUGCAGCUCUUAUCAGUGGAGAAGAAUUCCAGGGGUCAUGUGAUCCAGCAGGAGAUGAUGACCAGCAAGACACAACUGAGCAGAGUGAGGACAGCAUAGCAGCUGAGGUGCAGAGUGUGGGCUCCCUGAAGGUCACCAUCCAGCAGCGUGGUGAGAGCCGAGAAUUUGGACGGACAGACAGGACAGCAGACAGACAGGCAGGUCUCCACUGUCACGUGUGUGACCUCACCUGUCGGUCUCUGCAGCUGUUUCAGGUACACAUGUUGGGAUCAGAGCACCUGAAGAAGCUGCAGGAGGUCACGCAGUCCAUCUGCACUAAUGCAUACAGGCUGCAGGACCGGGGGCACCAUGCCACCACCCAGCGCUGGUGUGACUCCUGUCAGACUCACUUCAGUGGCUGCGUGAUCACACAUCGACGGACGGAACAACACAAGAUGUGCAAACAGCUGAGUCGUCCUUUCUGUCUCGUGUGUAAACGUCACUUCAGGACGCCCAGGAAGUUUGUGGAGCACAUGAAGUCUGCAGAGCACAAACAGCAGGUGCGGCUGGACGAGGCUCAGGACGAUGAGCUGAUCACUGUGGACGCCGUCGGCUGCUUUGAGGGAGAGGAGGAGGAGGAGGAGGAAGCAGAUGUCGCUGAUGAGGAAGAUGAGGAAAAUAAAAUGCUGAAGGCCACAGCGUCAGAGGAGGCAGUUGGAGAAGAGUAUGACCCCUACCAGACCUAUGGAAGUGCUUUUGUGGUUCCCGUGUCCGGUUUCCUGUGUCGGCUCUGCAACAAGUUCUUCUACGGAGAGAUGACAGCACGAUACACACACUGCAGGACGCGUGCACACUACAUGAACAUGCAGCGUCACACAAACACUGACCCUGAAGGAAGGACCCGACCUGUACCUGAAGCACUGACCUGGAGCUAGAGUCGCACUCAGCAGAACAUGUUGAUACGGUUCUUAAUCUGUUGGAUUAGCACACGCUUGUACAGUUCUCAUCUGCAUCAAACAGACUGGGUUCUCACUGGGUUCUGUGGCAGCUCUUGCCACAGUGGAUUGUGCAGUUGGUGCCGGUCAUUGUAAAGGAGUCGCCUGAACCUGGAGGCUGGAGCUUGUUGCCGUAGUGGCUUCUAACAGGGUUUGUAAUGUCCCAGUAGCAUGAUAUUCAGUUUUUCCUCUUUAUUAUCAUUAUUUCCAGAGGCCAAAGCACCAAAUGCUGCCUUGGUGCAUUCAUAUGCCUCUAUGAACGCAACAAAUUGUUUUUCUCCACCAUUGAAUCUUAACUGAAGAAAACCAUGGUGUGGAAAACCAGUGUGGAAACAUGCUGCAGCAGGUUAGGUUCCUGCUAAUAAGAGGACGUUUCACAUUAUGUAGCUGCACUUGCGGGUUGAAACAAAUGCAUUAAAUGUAAAUGGUACUGGUGACCAUGAUGGCAGUUCAUUUAUAGCUGAUGUUUGUAUUUGUUUAUCAGCUGAUUUUCUUAAAACUGCAGUGAAUAUUGUCACAAAACAAAUCUCGUUUUUUUGUUGUUGUAAUUUUUGGUCUAAAAGCUCAAAAGUUUUCUGAUCUUGAUCUUUUCCAAAUGACUGAGCUGCGACUAAAUUAUACGUUCUGUUCUAUAAUGUAACGACUGAGGCUGUGCAGCAGGUGGCGCCGCUGUGCAGAGGACAUGUGGAUGUUUAAUAAACGAGUUGAUCGUUGCA